UGCCGAUCAGCUGUUCGCCGGAUUCUAUAACAACAAAAGACUCAGCGGGGAGCUGAGACUGGCCGAUGCAACAGGGCUGCGGCGCCUAAGAAGAGCCGAGCGGGCCGUCGCUGCCUCCCCGAAAUCUACCUCACUCGCCGCCGUCCAGCUUCUCGCUGCCCUGGGAUUUGUGGACGGUGAGUGAAGGCUGCUGCCGGCGCCGCUACUGCUGCUAUCCUUUCUACCCGGGGAUUUUGUAGCAACUGUUUACAAAUCAUGCCGCCUCAAGUUCUGUGCCUAAGCUGAUGAAGUCUUUAUGCACUUUAAUCUUCUACCUGCGCCAUUGGCUAGUACAUUGUGAACCUGUUCCUUAACUCUUGCCUACGAAGACGUUCUAGCCAGAGUCUUGUUAUUGCCUUAGUAAUGUUCCAGAGGCUGAAUAAUAUGUUUGUGGGAGAAAUCGAUAAUUUACCCAGCCAAGAGCCAGAAUUCAGCGAGAAAGAAGAGGAGGAGUGGGUACUGGUAGACUUUAUAGACACCUGUACUAGCUUCUCGAUGAUUGAAGAGGAGGAGAAAGAGAAGGAAGAAAAUGACCUCUGUGAAGCAUCACCUGUUGACCAUUCACCUGUCUUCUCUUGUCUGCCUACUUCCUUGGAAUGUUUGGCUGAUGCCAGCGACUCUUGCUUUAUCCAGUUUGACUCAUGCCCCAUGGAAGAGAGCUGGUUUAUUACGCCACCUCCGUGUUUCACAGCAGGUGGCUUGACUGCUCUCAAAGUGGAAACCAGCCCUUUGGAGAACCUUCUGAUUGAGCACCCCAGCAUGUCUGUAUAUGCAGUCCAUAAUACCUGCCACGAUCUCAACAAGACCAGCUGUGGUGGCGAUGAGGAGGAAGAGGCAGAAGAGACCGAGCCUUGUGGUGUAAGCAAUCCUAGAUCUGAAGCCCAAAGUGAAAUGAGUCAACACAUUCAGUGCUAUAUUGCAGCUCUCACUGCUCACUCGACCUUUCUCGAACAGACCAAGAGUUUUCGACCUUCCCAGUGGACAAAAGAACACAAUGAAAGGCAAUAUCUGAACAAAAACUGCCUUCGUCGCCAAAACCUUACCAGGGAUUGCUACUCUCGGCAACUCAAGAACAAUGGAUUAUUUGUUCACCAGCCUUGCCAUCGUCAGUAUAAUUACUGAGGAUGUCUUGCAUUAUUUUUUUCAAAAAUACUGGUUCACUGUUGCUGUUUGUUUGUAUUUUUAUAUGUAGGUAAUGAAGGCGAGAUCAAUCUUAGGCUGAUCAUCAGUUAUUUCUACACAAUCACAGUGUGUUACAUUUCGGUUGUAAACCACAUUAUUGUAACGGUGUGUCACAGAAUGACUCUACUUUAUUCAUGGUUUGGAAACAUAUCAGUACAAGUGUGUUUGUGUGAUUGGGGAUUUGUUUUUCUGUUUUCGUACAUGACUUUGUAUGAUGGGUGGAUGGAUGGGUUUGUUUUUUAUACUGGUAUUUUUAACCAAGACAGAGUAGGCAAUUUAUCACUUUGUAAUCCAGAUGCAGUUACAGAACUUCUCAGGGUCAGCCAUACACUUGCAAUGAUCUGUGUAUACUGUAUAUCCUCUUAACCUAUCAGGUGUGGAUAACCUUUGGCCUUCCAGAUAUUGUUGGACUACAGUCCCCAUCAUCCUGGAUUGUCAGCCAAUUUGGCUGGGGCUGAUGGGAGCUGGAGUCCAACAACAUCGGGAGGGCCACAAGUUCCUCACCCUGCUGUUAACAUUCUAACACAGCCAUUAACAUGUGAUGGACUGAAUGGCAUUGAACUCUGAACUGAAGAGUAAACUGUAUGUGGCAGGGUGGGAUGGGGAAUAGGGAUUGUGCAUAACCUAAUUCUCUCCCAUCAACUUUUGUUUAACUUCCAUGGCUUAAUAUGGUUUACCCAAUUUCCUCCUGAAAGGAGGUAUCUCACAGAAAGUAUGAAGUAGCCCUGUAAGCAAGGAUUAGUGUGGUUUGUUGGACCUUCUAAACUUGAAGGAAAGUGACACUCUUUUUCAGCUCUUUAUGCUUUGAAAUAUAAGUAGGAAAAUGGAUGACCACAUUUGCCCUGAUGGCUCUCCUUAAGAAUGCCCCACAUGACAUAUUUGACCAUGAGGGUAUCCAUUUGUUUAAAGAGUCUUGUAGCAUGUUGAAAUGAGCCUUUCUGUGGGCGAAUCGGGCAAAGCUGGGAUGUGUAGGCCUUUGUCACCACAUUGUUAUUAGGAGUGACUUCACAGUAAGUAGGCAUUGGUCUCUUCCUCUUUUACAUUUCAGAGUAUGAAGUACUGAAUGUUUCUCACUUCCUUCAGAUUAGAUAGCUAUCUGCAUGAUUUUCCCACCAGCAGGCCUAACUAAACCUGCAGCCACAAUCCUGAAAUGAUUUACAAGCACUAUUUGCCAUCUCAGAAUUUUUCAGCAUGAUGAAAACUGUAUGUUUUAUUUUAAAAUUAAAUUUACAGCUACCUUCUCAAAAUAUCCUACUGGAAUAUGCUUUAUAAAAGGGGGCAUGUGUUACCUCCAUAGAGUCUGUUGAGAUCUAAAACUGUCUUGAUUGUUGGUUGUCCUGUGGACAAUCCAAUUCAGUGACUGUGUGACUGCAUAUUUUAUUCCACCCCGCACUGUCACUUGAAAUACUACUGGCUUAGCUGAUUUUUCAUGGGUGUUCUUAAAAAAAAAAAAAGUUCAUUCUUUUAUGGGGAUGCAAGUCUUUUUGUGGGCUAAUUUAAUGAGUCCGAAUAAGAAGUAGGAUUUUAAAAAUAUUUUGUGGCAGUUUCCAUCUGUCUACAAAUAAAUAUUUGAGUUUAAUACUCAACACCUGAAGUUUCUCAGAGCCAUUAUUCUGUUUAACUUCCCAUGCUAGGAUACCCUGAAUCCCAGUCAGUUCCAUUUUUUUUUAAUUACACAAAUAUUCACCCUUAUUUCAGCAACUACCCAGUACUGUUAAUCUUCUCUCAGUUUCAUGGACAAACAAUACAGACCUAUUUUUAAACUCAGGAACCCUUCAAUAUUUUACAGUGGCCCUAGGUAUACUUGUUUGGAAGUUUGGUUAACUGAAAUCAAGUAUUAGCGAGUAGCUGUGUGUAGGUUCUUAGCCUUCAUCUUUGUCUCCAUUCUUCCUAAUUUUAGGAAUCUUAAAAUGAAGGCUACCUUCCCCCACUGUUAACCUUGUUUGUGUGUGUGUUCCUGGUUAGCAAACAUUUGAAGUUUGGCCUUCUAGUUGAGAUAUACAAAUGUAACUUACCAUUAUUUUACUGGAUAACUUGCUAGUUUUUUUUUUUUAGGAUAGACACACAAGUUUGUUGCACAAAUAUGUGCUUUUCAGUUCUUUAUAUUGGAAAUAGUACCAUUUGGGGAGGAAUGAUUGCAUUUACAUCAUUAUGUUUGACUCUUAAUUAUCUUGCAUAUUUAUGUUACUAGCUCUAUUAUGUGCCUGAAAGUCUUGGACUGUUAGAUUUGUUGCUUUACAAAUGGUAUGUGAUUUGUGGUUAGGUAUGACUUUUUAUAUAUAUAUAUAUAGUGUUUUUUAAAAAAUGUAUUAACUUGUAAAAGUGGGGCCCUUGUGCUAUGUUGAAUGGUGAUUCAAUAACUUUGCUUAAACUGUUUUUUCAUAUGUAUUGUAAACAAAACUGUGCCUUUUUAAGUGACUUGUGUGCAGCAGACUUGAACUUGAAGACAAAAAAAAGGGAUAUUUCUGUCGGGAUAAAUACCCUACACCAGUCUAUGCAUUACCAAAUGGCAGCUUCUUUGUAGAGCCAUUUUUCUUUUUACUUGUAGCAGGAUUUAAAAUAUCCAAGGUUCUGCAACCCUGAUUCUACAAUAUACAUGUAACAGUCAUAUCUCAGUGGGGCUUGUGUAUGAGUACCUACUGAAAGUCAACUUCCUGCUUAUGAAAGAAAAUGAAGGUAUGCCCUGUUAUGUUAUUUGUUCAAUGCAAUCCCUUUGCAAUUGGUUAUUGAGAAAUAUCACAUGCACAGUUCGUGCCAAUGUAGCUGAUUCAGUAUACCAUUCCCUGUUUUAGUAGUGGGCACCCUGUGGUACUUCUGAUAUUGCUGAAUUAUAACUUCCAUUAUAUUUCACCAUUGGCUAUGCUGGCUGGGGUUGAUGGGAGUCCAAAAAACAGCUGGAGGGCCACAAAUUUCCCACCUCUGCCCUUGUUGAAUAGCCUGUAGAAUUUAGUAAGAUGACAUCUUCCUCAAUGUUCCAUCAUAUCUAUUGGGCCUGGUUUAUGUCAACAGCAGAUCACAUGCUAAACACUAUUCCUAGAUCAUAAGGGGGUAUAAAAGAGGGGUUGUUGUUUUCUAUUCAAUUUCAUAUUUAAUUUGUUGCAUUUUUCAUUUACAUGAAGAUCCGUCCAGUGUUCUGCUACUGUAACUUUUUACUGAUUUCCAUCUCAAUGGCACAGAGAGACAGGAUAAAACCUGCCAGAUUUCAGAUAGCUUAGGCUGAGCUGGCUGGUGCUGAUGCGAAUUGUAGCCCAAAACAUUUGGAGGGCACGAGGUUGGCAAAGGCUAGAUUAGGCAAUAGCCAGUUUAAAAAGACACACAGUACAGACACAACCUAAAUGUUAUUUAUACUAGGCAGAGCUUCCCAGUUUGUCUAUUUCAUUUCUUGCUCCCCUCCCUCCCAACCUUUUCCAUGGACAGUACAUGUAUAUUGCAUUUCAGACUAUGGGGUCAGGGCAAAGCAAUUUGAAAAUGAAUGAGUUCCCGGGGAUGAGGGAUUGACAGUUAAACCACUCUGAGAAUUGUAGCUCUGUGGGGGAAAUAGAUAUAAUAAUAAUUCUCAGCAUCCUUAACAAACGACAGUUCCCAAGAUCCUUUGGGGGAAAGCCACGACUGUUUAAACUGCUAUCGUACUGCUUUAAGUGUAGUGGCUCCGAUGUCAGUGGGGCAGUGAAUCCACUGCUUGGAUAGCUCCUUGAAAGUUCAGACUAAAACCAGGAGCGGAUUCAUUGCCACACUCGCAUUGGAACCACCAGCCUUCACUAUUUAAAAGCAUAUUGCAGAUGGGGCUUGAUAACAAAGUAAAGCCCUACAUCUUAAAAACAACCCAACUAGGAGAGCUAGCCUUUUUCUAGCUUGCUUGUACGCAGAGAAUUUUACUCCAUUGCCUGCUGUCUGUUUAGAUCUUGCAUCUUUUGAUCAUUGUGCAGAAGAGGGAAUUUCAGCAAGUGGCGUGAGAAGGUGUACCUGCUGAAAUUGCCUCUUCCACAACUACUAUUAAGGUGAGGAGCCCUGUUCUCUUUUGCAGCUGGCCACAGCUUUGACAGAUUGCUGUAGUAGCAUUGAAUCACACUGCUGUUCUGGCAUGAGCUUAUGGCAUGAACAUGCUGCCACAUGUUGUGAUGAGAUGGCAUUGUCGUUAUCACUAAUUCUCUGUGCUGCUUGUAUAGUGCGGCAGCCCUUAGGGCGAAGCCCUCAGGAUCUUAAAAGAGAAACAACAAAUGGCUAUAGCACUUUACCACCAUCCCAAAAACACAUAACAAAAGUGAUACUAGUUUAUAGACAAUUAGUUAUGGUCUGGGGUACAUGUGUUUCAUGAUGUAGCUUGAACCUCUGGUGAAAUAAAAUCAAUCUAUAAAAA